AUGACACUAAGAAUACUUUAUUAUCGGCUAGGAUGUUGCGACUUCAUCGGCAGCGAGGUUGUUGCCCUCACCGAGAGCAUCGGCAAGCCGCUCGCCGAUGUGCUCAAGGAGCUCGGGAAGAGGGUUCUAGACUCCCUUGUGAAGACCCGCGUCGAGGAUGAUGGCUUCACUAUCAAGUACAUUCCUAGGAUUACCCGGACUAGAUUUAGCUCUUGUGAUUUUGCAUUCUACUACAUUUUUACUUGUUCUGCUGCAUUGACAGCUCCAGAAGAGGCUGGAGAAGAAAAGACACAUGAGAUUCUGGGCAAACUUGAAGAACCUACCUCCAGUGCAAAUCUAAUUUCAACACCAGCUGUUGAGAAGGGUUUUUUCGAGCUUAAAACAAGCUGUACUGACCUUCACAGUGUUGUGGGGGAUCUGCUUCCAUCCGCAAAGGCAGUUGUAGAUGAUAUAUUGGCUGCAAGGAUGGAGAAAGGCGUUAGUUUGAAAGCUGAAGAAGUAAGAGGUCAACGAACAACUUGUGGCACUGCAGGCCUAUGUGCUCUUAAUGAUAAAGACAGGGGUCCAAGUAUAGGUAAACCUCGCAGCCUUAUGAAUUGGAACCCAACAGCACAGACCUUUCAGUGGGAGGAGUCAGGUCCUGAGUGUUCAGAAUCAUCGUUACGUAGACCGCCCUUGCCGAUAGUACCGGUUUCUCCUUUGGCACCGCGAGAAAAUAAGAAUGGACGUAGGAAGGCAAGGAGGUGGUGCUUGUUAGAAGAAACACUAAGAAAGGGUGUUGAACAGUAUGGUAGGGGCAAUUGGAAGGAAAUAUUAGAUAACAAUCUUGAUGUUUUUAUCUGCAGAUUACCGGUGGACUUGAAGGAUAAGUGGAGGAAUAUGAUUAUCCGAUAA